AGGGCUUUUCUUUCGUCUCCAAUUGUGAUACAAGAAGCAGAAGUCAUCUCUAUCCUAAAACCUUCCAGGGAAGACUUCGAUUUUUUGGUGUUAUUGAGUAAAAUAGUAUAAGGGGUAAAGUUUGAGGUGAUAGCAAUGCCUCGGGAUUUGUCACGGUCACGGUCACCUUCAUAUAGGAGAAGGCAUUCACCUUCUCCUGUUGGGAAUAAGUAUAGCAGGAGGAGCCGAAGGGAUAGAGGCCGAUCGCCAAAUUCAUCUUAUUCUUAUAGCAGGUGAUCCCGCUGAUAUUCUUGCUGUUUAUGUUAAUUUUGCCUAUGUUCCAGCAGUUGUAAGAAAGAUUGGGAACUGACAUACUUCAUACUUGUCUUGAGGAUUGGAAAUACAAAUUGUCCGAGCAGAUUUUCCUGUCUGUUGGUCUUUGGGUACUUCUGUCUCCUUUUCUAUAACUAAAAAGCAAAUGUUGUUUGCUUGGAGUUUGCUUAUAUGCUUUCACUCCCAGAAGCAGUUCCUAGCCACAAAUCGAUAUCUUUUGUGGCAACUGGUGCAUUCGAGGCUCUGUUGUAGUUGUAAUAAGAAUUUGGCGUAAUUUUUAGAUCAAUGACUUUAAACUGAGCAUGGUAAAGGCCUUCGCCUUUAUAGAAAAGAGUGUUUCUCUUGAUAUAUCAAAUUUUCAUCUCUUUUGUUCAGUUGUACAAGUUUCUUGUGUAAAGUUGAGUUGUCAUGGGAUUGUUAGUAUUUCACAGAACAUUGCUUUGUGUUCACUUAUAUCUGGAAACUGCUUUGUUUGGUUUCCUGCUUCCUUACUCAAGAUGUUUCGUGGUUCAGAAUUUCUCCCCCUGAUUCAUAGAUUUGUAUCACAAACAUCAUACUGAACUUGAAGCAUUGUUUGGUUAGUCAAAUAAAGUUCCUUGGUUAAUAUUGCUCGAAUUCUUUGGAGUGCUCAUCAGCAUUUGAAUGGUCAUGUGACAUUUGGGGACCUCCUUUUUCAUGGGAAUUUGGACAGAUGUGAAUGUAUGUAAUGGCAGUGAAAUAUAGAGUGCCCUGGGAGUGAGAUAGGAUGCAUGCCCUUCAUUAGGAAAAUUAAAAUAAACUCAGUUUCCUCCCAUUUUAUGGGAUAGGAAGUGAGCAGGUGAUGGGUGACCUUUCGUUGCUUGGUUGUGACAUUAGCUUCUUCAUGUCAUAAAAGAUGGAGCUCAAUGCUUGUUCUUAACAAUGUAUAAGGUAACUGUAUAUGUUUCUAUACUUGUUCUGCUAGAUGGUGGGCUGUCUUUCAUACCUGUUUUUGUAGUUAGUUAUGCCCAAAUUAUGUAGCUGUUGUUUAAUUUAGCUCUAUGUUGUUAUAUUCAGAAGGAAGAGUCGUUCUCUUACUCCACGUCGCCGCAGAAGUCGAUCUCCAGCCACAAGACGUCAUAAAAGUCGUUCUCUGACUCCAAGGCGUUAUAAGAAGCAAAGAAGUAGGAGUUCUUCAUUGACUCCUACUCAUAAGUCCUCUAGUCCUAGUCUUGGGUUGAUAGAGCAGAAAAAUGCUACUGAAAAAUUGAAAAAAGAAGAAGAGAAGAAAAGGUAUAUUGAUAUUGUACUUUUUGCUUUUCCCUUUCUCUGAUUUCACCUUUAACUUUGUCUUCACUCUUCAGCUCUUUUUUUCCCCCCAAACUGCUGAUACAGUGCCAAAAAGGUGAAUCUAGGUUAACCUGUUGCUGGGUUGCGCCUUAGUUUUUUCCUGCCUGAGUUGGCAUCUAUAACUCACCCAGUCUGUAUGAGUGGCAGCUCUGCUGCUCCCUUUGCUUAGAGCUCUUAUUUUCACCUU